AUGAGUUUAAUCCGUGCCAUUGUGUGCCUCAAACGAUUUGUGGCUAGAACCCGCUGUAAAAAAUCAAAUCCAGUAGCUCUGAAAGAAGAUGCUGAACGAUUUAUCAUUACACAGGCUCAAAACGACAGAUAUCCGUCAGAGAUUCAUGCAAUCAAAAGCGGAAAACACCCACCACUUAACAGUCACUUAAUCUCCCUCAAUCCAGUACUAGACAAAAAUGGGAUUCUGCGAGUAGGAGGUCGAACUAAACACAUGAAGGCUACUCACCUGACCACUCAACCUAUCAUUAUCCCUAAGGAUCACCAUAUUGCCACAUUAUUAGUACGUCACUACCAUGCAGAAAUUCAUCACCAGGGUAGACACAUGACAGAAGGAGCAGUCAGAGGCGCAGGUUUCUGGAUUGUUGGAUUCCGUGGGCUCGUGAACUCUCUGAUUAGAUCAUGCAUUAUGUGCAAAAAACUGCGUGGGAAUCUAGGAUGGACAAAGAUGGCGGACCUACCGUUGGACAGAAUUGAGCCUGGCCCUCCUUUCAGCUUUAUUGGAGUCGACGCAUUCGGACCUUGGCCAGUUGUUGUAAAGAAGACUACCAGAGGUGUCAGGACUACAUCCAAGUAUUGGGCCAUUCUUUUCACCUGUCUUGUGUCAAGAGCCAUACACAUAGAGCUAGUGGGAGACAUGAGUAUUGAAGCUUUUAUCAAUGCCCGAGAAGAUUCAUGGCCAUUCGUGGCCCCGUGCACCAGUUUCGUUCAGAUAGGGGCAUAA